AGAGAAGAAAAAAACAAAUGUUGAAGACACGUUCAACUGUAACUCUUUACAGAGCUCCAGACUAUUAUUCAAAAAACGUAUUCCUUGAAGAGCAAAGCGGAUCGAAAUCUUGCUCAAAUGAUUUAUUUUGUCUGGAAGCAACUCAAUAUUUGGCCCAAGAAAACCUGGGAGCUGGGGCUUUUGGAGUAGUGUGCAGAGCAAUCGAUUCAAAGCUCAACAAACAAGUAGCCAUCAAAAAAAUAACGCGAGUUUUCAAAAAUCAAUCAACUGCAAAAUGUGCACUGCGAGAGAUUCGGAUAACUCGAGAACUUUCUCAUGAAAAUAUAAUUAAUUCAACUGAUGUUUUAAUGAGAGAAAGUGGUUCGGGUCAGGAUAUUUAUAUAGUUAUGGAUCUUAUGGAAACUGAUCUUUUGAGUGUUUUGAAAUCAAAUCAGACAUUGAACGAAAAACAUUUUCAAUACUUCUUUUAUCAAAUUCUCAAAGGCUUGAAGUAUCUCCAUUCCGCUGGAAUUAUUCAUCGAGACUUGAAACCUGCGAAUCUACUUUUAAAUGAAGAUUGCUCAUUAAAAAUUGCUGAUUUUGGAAUGUCAAGAUCCGGUCCAUCCACUAAAACGACACCGAAUACUAGCCCAAAUGCACACAUUAGCGGCGACUUAUCACAAUAUGUGUCAACACUUUGGUACCGUGCACCAGAAAUUCUUCUUUCGAUGGGCGAGUAUGAUACUCAAGUAGAUAUCUGGUCAGCCGGAUGUAUUCUGGCGGAAAUGCUUCUCCUCCGUCCAAUAUUUACUGGAACAGAUUCCUACUCUCAAAUACAACUUCUCAUUGAAUAUCUUGGAACUCCCGACGAACAAGUAAUCAGAAGAAUUAAAUCACCAUCAAUCAGAGAUUAUAUUUCUUCAUUUGGCCCGAAAACUCCCCUUCCGUUUACGGCAAUGUUCCCAAAUGCCAGUAUUGAAGCUAGAAAUAUUGUUUCAAAGAUGCUACAAAUAUCACCUUGGAAACGAUUUUCGGCCGAACAACUUCUGGAGGAACCCUUUGUAAAGCACUGGCACACCGUCAAAAAUGAGCCAAGCUGCCCAAAUCACAUUCGACAAAAUCUGCUGGAAACUGCCAAAUAUGAAGGUGAUGUUAUCAUAAAAGGUCUUCAAGAAGAAGUCAGGAUAUUUGAGAAGAAACAAAAAGUUUAUCCGAGUGAGGGAUCGAAAGUUACACACAAAAAUUCAUUGAAACAAGUAUUUGGAAAAAUACUCUUUAAGAAUAAUAAAAUCUAAAUUGUGGAAAA